AGAGAGCGGGAAGGAGCGCCUGAAAUAGGAAUCCGGAGCUGCGGAAGGAAGCGCUAUCCUCUUCCAUCCCCCUCCCUAACAUCUGUAUCCAUUAAGUUAGCUUGUACGCUUGUCCGUUUGAACGUUAGGUUGACGGGAUACGACGGGAGAACGUUUCGUCGUUGCUGUCGGCAUUCGCUGGAAGUCGCAACGUACUUCCAUUCUAACAACCCGAGACGUUCCGUAGGAACGAGUCAAACAUGGACGCGAGCGUCGAAAGGGACUGUAGUGCCCUGGGCUGUCUCUUUCAGCAGAUUAUCCAGGACAUGAAGAAUGGAGCACCUUUAUGGGAGGACCUCAUUUCGAAGGCAACAAAAUUACAUACUUGUUUAAAAGCUGCAAUUUUGGCCAUUUCCACAUACCUUGAAGCUUUUCAGAGAAUUGCAGAUGCUGCGACGAAUGCAAGAGGAGCAACUAGAGAAAUUGGAACAGCCCUUACAAGAAUUUGUCUUCGACAUAAAGCUGUUGAAACAAGAGUUAAAUCAUUUACUAGUGCUAUAAUGGACUGUUUAGUAUUACCUCUUCAAGAAAAAUUAGAAGACUGGAAGAAGUCGUUGGUGUACCUUGACAAAGAGCAUGCUAAAGAAUACAAAAAAGCUAGGACAGAGUUGAAAAAAAAAUCCAGUGAUACAUUGAGAUUACAGAAAAAGAAAGCUCGCAAAUGUUUACAACAACAGCAGAUUUAUGGCACAUUGCCACAUGGUAUCAUUCAAGGUAGCUCAUCUAAUCUUACCAGUGACGUUGAAUUAGGAAAACUGCUUGAGUCAUCUGCUGCUGUUGUUCAAGAGAAACGCCAAACAUUGGAAGAAACAGAAAGGAAAGCAGUUAGAGCAGCUUUGCUAGAAGAGAGAGGGAGGUUUUGUCAAUUUGCCAGAUUUCUAAAGCCUGUACUUGAUGAAGAAAUUGCAAUGCUAAUGGAACUUACCCAUCUAGAAGAGGUUGCAGAGCAAUUGCAAAAGCAUGCAGCAUCACCUCAUUACCUACCACCAGCUUCAGAGCAGGUGAUAAUGGAUGUGAAAAGUCGUGAUCCUGCUCAUUGGUCUUUGGCUUCUCCACCCUCAAGUCCAUCACUGUCUCUUGGAUCUCGGAAAAGUUCUGUGUGCUCAAUUAGUUCAUUGACAAGCAGCAGCAGUGGCUCAUGUAAAAGUCACCCGAGUCCUUCAGCCGGACAUCCAUCCUCAGCUUGGCAUCGAUCAAUUUCACAUCAGCCUUUCAACGGUAUGGUGACUCUGCGUUACCGUCGUUCAAUCAACAGUGGCUCUCGCGAUUCUGGAUUCACUUCUCUUCAGGAAACCCUCUAUUCUCAACCUAUGCACCGUAAACAGGUAUCCUGUACAUUAUUGCAGAAUGAGCGAAAUCCAAAGUCAGAUACUACAUUGACUUGUCCUGAUCUUCAGCAAGAAACUGCAAAUACUCAGUUUGAUUCAAAGGAUCAAUGUUCCACAAACGAAAGACCUCAUACGAUUUCUUCAGCUUAUGAGAAAGGACAUCAAAGACCAGCCCUUACGGUUUAUACAUUUCAAGCACCAGAUCAAAGUAGCUCUUCUCAUAGUCAACCUGCUUCUCCAGUUUCUAUUUCUGUUGUUAAUAAUCAAAAAAAUGUAACGAGAUCGCAACAAAGAAAAAACAGCAGUGGAAGUAUAGGUCGUGAAAGACCACCUAUUCCAAAUAGGUGUUCUAGUUUAGAAAGACCUUUGGUUCCAACUAGAAUUGAUUCGGCAGAAACUUCCAAUCAACAAUAUGGCCCAGACAGUCCCAAAGGAAAAAUUAAAAUACCUAUACCUGCUCAUCUUAGUAAGGAUUUGGUAUCGCAACAGCCGUUAUUAUUUCAACAACCAAUGUAUGUGAAUAUGCAUGAAUUAGCAAGUUUAGCGGCUAGUCGAGCUCAAGAGAUGCUUCCUCCACCACCUCCACUGCCAGCAACGACCAGCAUUGCUGCAACGAUUGAAAAAACUUUAGAGCCAAAGACUUCAGAAACAAUAAAGAAUAAGAGUGCUGUAACAGAAUCAAAUACAGAAUGUAUCAGUGAGCGAGUUAGUGCAAAUUCUAUUGUACAACGUAGAGGUUCGUUGCUUCAAACUAAUAAGCCAAUGCCGCCUACACGUCGAGCUUCGGCAAUCAUUACUGAAAAUUAUGAUGAGCGUGGAGGCAGCCAAAAUGAAGAUUUAGAAAAUCUUCCGCCUCCUCCAGCUUUCUUAUUAGAAGGAUCGUCUCCACCAAGUGCUGCUGGCAGCCCUGCUACUCAACGACGAUCGAUGUCCGUUUCGGAAACAGUAAGAACCUUAACAGAAUUACGGCAUACACCAGCUAGUCCGUCGCUCUUAAGACGUAAAAUUGCGGCACAAGCUCAAGCACAAGCGCAAGCCCAAGCCCAAGCCCAGGGCCAAGCACAUGCUCGGACGUCGACUUCGGGUGAUGAGAAAAGUUUAACUCGACCUAGCAGUAGCGCUGCUUCGACAGUUAUGCAAAUAGCUUGUUGUGCAAUGGAGCGCGCUAGUAUGGCUAUCAGUGGUGGCAAUGGCGGUAGUAGUGGAUCUCAAGAUCGGCACUCGAAUAUUGGAACAAUUGAUGGUUAUGGAAGUCAAGGACCAGGCGGAGUUGCUCAGAGUUUCAUGGCAGUACUUAGUGCCAAACUUACUAAUAGUGUAACAUUGGGCUCUUCAAGCUGUAAUGUUAGUAUGGGAGCUUCAGCGGGUAACAGCCCUAAACCAAUAAGGAAAAACUUUAUAGACCAACAACAGCAACAACAACAACAACAACAACAACAACAACAACAACAACAUAAUCGAAAUUCCAAGACAUCCAAUGAGUUUCUUGAAACUCUUAAUGCUAGAUUAGCUCAGCAGCAACGUGUUAUUAGUCAAGGUGGCGCAAGCAUUAGAUCGGCUAGUGUUAGACGUAUUAUGGCUAAUCGAGUACCUAUUUUAGAUCCAUUACAAGUGAGAGAUUCUCUUAUGGAUCAAAUUCGUAGGGGUACUUCGCUGCGCAAAACCGCCGGUCCAAUCAAUGACAGAUCGGCGCCUAAGAUCUACUAAUAAAUGCCGAUGACGGUUCAUAUUAAACAAAUUGUUUGAUGCGAUCAUUAUGAUCAAUUCAGCUUAUAAGCACAAUGAUAAUGCCUCGCUUCUACAAAAUUGUAUUUUUUCCUGACUAGAAAAAUCUCGACAAAUGCACAGUUUUUUAAUUAUUAAAAAUUUUA